AUGGUAAUGAAUGUAAUGAUGAGCACUAAUGAUAUAAGAAAAUGUAAGGAAGUCUUUAAUUUAUUCAAACGUUAUUCACUUGAUAAUUCACAAGAAGAACAAAUAGCUAUUGAAAUGCCACGUAGUAUUCGUGAAUAUCUUCUUAAACGAGCUCAUCAUGUUACACAUGAUCUACUUAAUACUCAACAAUCAUUUAUUAAUCGUUUUCUAACUGAUAAUAAAUAA